CCUUACACAUUCUCUAUACUUCCUGUAACAACUCUAGCACACUCAUCUUGUUGACGAUACCAAUACCCCAUUCUCAGCCGAGACCACUUUGCAGGUAGAGACUCGAAGAGGUCCUUGCUGGAUAUACCUUGGACUUGAUAACCACAUAAUCGACACUCGUCACAUAUACCUUCAUCCCACCUGUCAUUUGUAUUACGAACUCAAUUUCAUAUAACCAAGAAACUAACUCGACUAUGGACCUUUAUACGACAUCAUUCACUUAUCCUAACCCCCGAUCAAAAUCCCACCAAUCUAAUGGGUCGCCCAAAAUCCCCCUGUCCACUCCAGUAUUAACAACUGGUCCGGGACCUGGACCAGGCAUCGCCAGUAUUACAACAAACAACGUCUUUAAUAAUGGCGCUGAUCCGUCAUCGGAAACUGUUCCCAAAUUGUCCCUGACCUCUGCCAUCUCGACUUCUUCGACCACUGCUAAAUCUUCUUCCGCGGUCGUUGCGACCCCUCCACAGAUAGAGAAAGACUGGGAGACUGUGCAGAAGCUUGCCCUUGAUAUUACCACUCGCGAAGGAUGUUUGGUGACCGUGACUCGAGAAAGUAUUGAUGGGGAAUCAAGGUCUGGUUCAUCUGAACCGUCGAUGACGAGUGGAGGUACCCCUGUUCCUGCAACCAAGGUUUGGAACUUCCAUCUUUCGGGAGGCUACCAGCCCGUUAUGGCUGCUCGUGGUGCUAUCCUUCGUGAAACACCGCAAGGUAAUCGAAUAACAUUGAAAGUUCCUUGUUCAGAAAUCCUAGACUCACCAGCCGCAAGCGUCAGUGCGCUCAAAGCGGAUGUGGCCGGAAGGCUGGAGAAAAUUGCUUCGGAAUGCAAGGCACAGGUAUCUGUCAUUGGUAUCGAAGUUUCCGCUGGCGGCGGGCCUACUGUACUAGCGACUGCGAAUGGUGAAGGAGUCAGAAGUACUGAGGUGAAAGGCGAGGCUGAAUCCAAGUCGACAGACAUUGCAACGGACGUGCCUGACGCAAAACCCAAUGGCGAAGAGGAAACCUGCGCAUCAUCUGUAACCCCUCCAUAUGUUACUAGAUCGCUAGGACUGGAGACCGAACGCAUGUGCGAGCUUGUAAUCACAGGUUCAAUGGAGAGCGUUGAAAUUGCGAAAAUCUGCUUGCUGGUGAUGUUGGAUGAGAUGAGUGGUCUUCAUGCUGAAUCAUGUGACAUCGAUUACAAACUUCAUAACAUCAUCGCCGGUCGCAAGCGUAACGCAAUUCAACAAAUCCAAGAAGAAACAGCUACCAAUAUCUAUUUUCCUACGCCUCUUGUUGGAGUCCUUAACUCUCCCCAACCUGGUUCUCAGCAAGGUGUAGGAUAUCGACAUGUUCAAAUGAAUAUGACAGGUGUUGGGGUGCAGCCGACUGGACCUAUGGCAAUGCCAAUGACAGGUACUAUGUCCCAUAGCCAUGGUGUGCCUUGUCCCAGUAUGGAUAUGAAUGGGGCCGGUGGUGGGCCCCUGGGCCUGCCCAGAAUGAACGGCAACUAUCAUCACCAACAUAAUGCACAUGGUCGCCACGCGCCUCCCGUCUAUAAUCCCCAUCAACAUGUUCAGUACCCGUAUCAACCACAACCCCUCAAUAUCGACCCCUCAACCACCCGUGGAAUGCCGUAUAAUGGCCCGCGGAUGCACUACCCGAUGCAUCAAGGUCAUAUCCCGAUGUCUGUCAAUCAUACAGGGUUCCAGAGUAUUCCUGGGAGUAGAAUCGGAUCCCCCAUGCCCCCUCAUGUCCCUUCUCCUCAUCCAGGAAUGAACCAAAUGGGUAUUCACCCGCAUCAUUCCCAGCCUUCUUUUCCCCAUCCCCAGAACCUUCAUCCGAUGCAGAAUCCUCUCGUCUCUAAUGUUCAAAUGGGGACGUUCGAUAUGCCAAAUAACAUCAAUAUGGGAAUGGGCAUCGAUCCUGCGAUGGGCCAGAUUACCGUGCCUCACCCUGGAUUGAGUGUCCAUGGCGGAGAGCAAGGUGUGCUGGGCAAAUCGAAUCAGAUCUGGAUCACGGGAGAAUUUUUCGGGGUGCAAAGAGCGCGCGAUAUGUUGUUGAACAUUGCGAUGCAGAAGUGCAAACUGGUGAUAUCGAGGGAUACGGCUAUUUUACCGAGAAAACUUGAUUGGCUUCUCACUGAGAAGAUUGAAGAUGUAAAGACCAUCAUGAACGAUAAUGGAACUUACAUCCAAGUCCCCUCUGUAGGCAGUCAGGCCAGCCUUAUAACCGUCUUUGGUGAUCAUCGAGUCAACAUCGAAAGGACAAUUAGAGGCGUCAUGGCUUUGGCCUGCCAGUUCUAUGUUGCCUCCUUCUGGCUGUUGCCCAUCGCCUUUGAUGUCUUCAUGCCCCAACCAACUCUCAACCCGGCGCAGAUGCAGCCAAUUCUCAAACGCAUAGCUCACUCUUCAGGCGCGGAAGUGGUGUUCAAAUCAAACUGUUUUGAGAUGCAUGGCUUGGAGCAGCAAGUCAAAACAGCGGUCAUGAUGGUACUGGAACAGGACAUUGUUCAUAAUUUCCAUCGGGAGAUUCGGUUCCAGAUUGAGCUUGCUAACGAACACCGCGACUUUAUCAGUGGCAAGAAGAAUGGCAAAAUCAACAAGAUCAUGAAGACUACAAACGUCAAAAUAAAAUUUGAGACGUUCAAUGAUUACAACUUCCUGAUAGAUAUCUCUGGUACGGAUGGCGACGCUCUGAAGGGGCUAUCUAUGUUACAGGAAGAACUUCCCGCGGAAGUUUCUUUCCAUGUGCCAGAAAGCUAUCAUAAGCGCAUCAUUGGCGUUAGUGGAAAGAAUAUCCAAAAGAUCAUGAAGCUGCAUGGGGUGUAUGUCAAGUUUUCAAAUGCGGAAGAGUUCGCGGCACUUGGCGGCUACACAGAUAACGAGGAUAACGUUGUUGCGAGAACGCCGGCAAAGAAUGCGGUUAAUUUGGAAAGUUUGAAACAAGCGGUCAUGGAGUUGGUCAGCCAGAAGGAUAAGGAUUACACAGUAGAGAGUGUGACGAUCCCUCGUAGAUACCACAGGACUCUUCUAGGGGAAAAGGGCAUAUUUAUCCACGACAUCGAGACUAAAACAAACUCUGUAUUUAGAUUCCCUUACAAAGAGACUGCAAGUGACGUCGUCACCAUCUUCGGACCUGAAUCGCAAGUGCAUAUUGCUGCAGCAAUGCUCUUGGAUCAUGUACCUUUCGAAGCUGACCUUCCGGUGCCACCCAAUCCCGAACUCUCGCGCCUUGUGGCAUCUGCGGACUUUAUCCUCUUCACAGAGCGUAUCAAGAGAGACCACCAAAUUGCCAUUGUUCCAUCGUCUAAAUUGGGCCUGGGGAAUGAAGCAAUUUUCAAGUUCAGGUGUCAGAGAAGCAAUGUGGACUUCUUGGGAACAGCGAUAGAUGCGUUGGAGGAUUGGUUGAGUCAGAAUAAUAUUCAAGUAUACCCUAAAAACGUCAAUAAACGCCCAGAAUCCUUCACUGAUGCCUUCUCCCACUUCAACAGCAAGCUCCUCUCGACGACAAAUAGUACUGAAUUUGACGGAGACCUCGAUCGACGGGUCAAACAGACAGCCGCAUCAGUUGUGGCUACGGAGGACGUUAGGGCAUUGUUCAAUGCUCCGGGGAACGGGUUUCGAUUGGGCGACGAAUCCAAUUUGGGACUUGUGAGCUCGUUGAACUAUCAGGAUCCAAGGAAAAGCACAGACCGCUGGCCUGGAUCGAUAUCUCAACAGCCACCAGUCGCUAGCCGCACUGAAAGCGAUCAUCAGAAACGCGACUCUGAUCCAAUCAUCAACCACCGCAUCCGGCAAGCGUCAACCGGGCAUACUUCAUCUCUAUCAACUCAUUUACACCCCCAUAGCCGGCCACGUAUAUCAUCAAACAGGCAUCAAUCACUCGAUAUCUCACAGCUGAAUUUCUCUCGAGCUCUGACAGGCGGGCCUCCUGCCUUCGGAUCUGUCCCACUUUCUCCCACAGCUGCAAAUUCCAGUCCCAACACUGCAACGGCGCCGUAUUUCCCUCAUGUAGGACCUCAUCCUAUCAGGGCUAACGUGACGGGCAGAGGAGGGUAUGGUAGUGCUGCAAGCGUGGACGUUGAGGGUGUGGCUCAAACAAUGGGCAACAUGCAAUUAUCUCAUCAAUAGCCACCAAGCUACCAUCUUUUGACAUCUUUUCAAAUUAUUUCAGACUCCGCAAUUUUUUUUUUGGACACUUGAAUGACAUUUGUUUCAUUCCCAGAGAUUUUCGACUACGACUCUUCUGCCAGCAGUUCUACCAAUUGUAAUUAGGCUUUUGUGCAACCCAAGACAAGAGGGCAAAUUUAGCAGUGUCACUUAUUCACAUAGUACUUAUAUGUCUCAUUAUCUCAUCUACCCUUCUUCUCAAUAUCAUUUGUCAUGUCAAUCAUGAAAAAGCGCAGAUGCAACCAGU